AUGCUGGAAACGGUGGGGUCCAUAGGCGCGGCCACGCCGUACAGCAUGGCCAACGCGACGGGAGGAGCCAAGCACGCCAACAAGGCGGCAGGUCCGUUGAAAUCGGUCAGAGAGCACUGUGCCGACGGGUUUGACGACGACCCGUUUUACCGCGCCGAAGCUCAUGGCGUGGAUCUUCCCGUGUCAAUCCACCAAGGGGUGCACCCAGAACACCUCGAGAAGGGGACCGCGGGGAUAAUCGACUACUUCAAGAAGCAGCUGUUGUCGAAGUGGUUGAAGUCGACCAAGCUCCUCGUAGUGUGCUACGACCGCCAAGAACUAGUGCCGGCAAUCAAAGGACACGAGCAGCUUGGGAGGACCGAGAAACUUGGAGAGUGCUCUCGGACCUUCGACCCGAAGUCAACGGAUCCGGUUCCUUCGUUACAGUAUGGGUCAUGGCUUCGAGCCGAUGGUAAGGCGGCGCGGGCCGGAAUCGCCGCUAACCUGGCCAUGCGCGUGCUGGCUGAUGAUGUCUGGACCGGCGACACCAAGCCCAACGGAAUCGUCGCAUUCUAUGGCGUCGGAGGUGAACCUGGUCUGAGUGGUGAUAAUCACGCAGGUGUAAAUGCCGAGGAUGUAGGCCUCGAUGGGGUCGGUAGCAGGAUGGCGCUUGCAGAAACAGUACUACUCCUACACUUUCGAAACGGAACCGGCCCGAUCCCUGACGUCGAGCGGCAUCGUGGGCCAGACAUCCGCGAGGCGGAGCUCUGCGUGAUACACUUCAUCGCCCGGGCGAAGGCGUACUGGGGCAAAAAGUUCGACAAGUGGGUCGUUUCAUCAGAAGACACCGACCUAUGGACGAUCAUUUUACUGGCGAUGACCACUGGUUGGCUGACGCCUCGUGGCGAGGGGACGGUUGACUUGACCGUCCAUUGGGUCGUGGGUGGCGAGACCAAAUUCCUGUGGAUGAACAGAAAGUUCGUCAGAAUCUGCGAACUCCAGGACGGAAGCGAAUCCGCGUGGCCGCCUUUGACCUUCAGAAGCUGGAGGCCCACGGACGCCGACAAGGCAGAACGGGGUAACGCCAUCUUCAGGUGCAAGGACAGGAAGUGCUCGCUCGCNGUCCAGGUCCUCCGUGCUCCGCGCCUGUCUGGUUGGCGUCUGCUUCAUAAGGACACGAUGUCGCAGCUCCUGCUUGUGAUGAUUCUCUCUGCUGUGGGCUUUCCUUCACUGGAGUCGUUCCUGCUAACACCUACAACGAGCACCUCUUGGUUGGAUACGCGGCCUGCGUCGCAUCAGCAGCGGCGAAGAUCACGCAGUGCGGUUGCUACAUCACCGCACAGCAGAUGCAGUAGAAAUGAACGACCUGCAUGCUUCCGCGCAACAACACCACCCCCACUGAGCGCCACCACACCAGACGCAACGGAAGGGUCGAGCCAACAGCAGCAGCGACCGAAGCAAUCGGUUCGGAGAAAAACGAAACGCCGGCCUAGACAGCACGUCCCGGUAGACGACGUCGACUCACCCUCCUCGGAGGUCGGCGGCGAGGUGGGUGCGGGGUUUGUCGGAGAUCCGUUCGUAGACCUGAUCGCGCCGACGGAGUACGCCGCCUCCGAUGUCUCGGGCGAUUCCUCGCGCGACUCAACGCCGUUGCCGCCAUCGCCUGCGGGGACAGCGACGCCGCCGCUGCCGGAGCCGACAAUCAGGGACCGGCAGAGGUUCGAGAGGAUUGUGGAGGAGGUGCUGGAGGAGGAGAAGGAGGAGGAGCUCCCAGCCAUCCUCUCCAGGCACGUCGACUUCCUGCUGUCGGUGGACGUCACCGCCCUGACCAACGACCUCAUAAGGCAAGAGCCCACGCUGACCCGCGUGAACACUCUCCGCAACGCGUACGAGUUCAUCGUGUCGUUCCUCGAGAGCAUGGUCGAGUCCACCGUCGACGUGCAGAAGGAGAACCAGACCUUGCUCAGGUUGAUAAUCGAAGCCGCCAAGACAAGUCCCGAAGUGUUCGACAAGAGAAUGAAAAACCUGCAGGAGCGCUUUACGUUCGAGUUCGUCAAGUACUUGGACGGCGAGGUGGAGAGACUGGAACAGGCGGAGAAAGAUUUGGCGGAGAAAAAGAGGAAGAGGAAAGUGCCCGCGGAGAAGGACGACAUGCCGAUGGGUGGCGACGGCAACGAGGUCCUAAACGUGAUCAGGAUAGUACGCACGAGGGUGUGCGCGCAGCUGGACCUGAUGAUGGGCGAGGACGUGGCGGUGCUGACGCGGAUGCUGAGCUACGACGACCGGUUCAUGAUGCGGGCCGCGCUGCGGACAGUCCUCAGAGAUAAAUCGCCCAAGGAGAUCGCCGCGUUCGGCGCCCUAGUGUCGAAGACUCUCGAGGACGUCGUCGCGCUCGGCAGCGGGGUUGACCCCGUGCUGCGGUCCAAGCUCUCCGACAUGUCGGAGGACAUCACGGCGGUGGGCAGGGACGUCGAGGAGAGGCAGAAGGACAAGAGGGAGCGAGAAGCGGGAGGAGCUUAGGUCGUCGUCGUUCUCAAACUUUUUGUUUUGGUGACACACGACCAGCAACGCCGACGAGAGGUUAAAAGGACAAUCCAAAAGAGACGUGAUUUUGUUUGUGUUGCGGGCAAACAACAAGCUGUGGCAGAGAGUUGUGGAUGUUCGUCACAGCAGCAGUGCAAGCCGCGGGCUCUCAUUGCCGGACCAAUAGAACCGGUGCGUGCGUGGCAGACGAGAGAGGUUGACUUGUGUGAACUACGCCGGCGAGUGGGUGCUAGUUGCGAAACAGAGGGGAUUGAGGGAAAAAAUCACUAGCAAGGUUGGGAUCGAGAGUGCGGCCCAAGAUGCGGAAAUGCGCCGGCAACAAGAGAGGAUGGCAAGCUGAAAGACAAGGUGAUCGAUUUGCAAGAGGCUUGCGUACCUGCUCUAUGUUCGCGGUCGGUUUUUCCGCUCAUGUGUGGACGUGCAGCGGCGCGUGUUUCGAUGCUUGUUGGGGGGGGUCGUUCUCCUUUCGCGUGGUUAACAUGUAACGCUUUUGUCGGUGUUCCCCUUACAUUAACUAGACGUGGUGGGGUCUGUGCGUGUUCAUGAAACAUGGUCUCGCCCGCCGUUUGUAAUGCUGUUUCUCGUAGUGUUUGUCAAGAAAAAAAAAUCAAAACGAAAUUACAACAACCGUCAGUCCACAUCUCACCCACACGUUGCUUGUGUCUUUUGGUCUAUUGGGUCGAAGGGUGGGGCUUAGCCUAGCUUCACCACCGACAGAUACCUACACACGCACUAGGAGAGGAGGCGGGGGGCUCCUUCCACAUGGCAAUUGGCAAAACACGCAACAACAGGGCACAGGCCCAAAAAACACGGAAGAAGAAACACCGGUUCUGACUGCUGUCAGCAAGAUAUUCCUGCCUACCCUAAACACCAACAACUAUCGGACGCCAACAAACGCGCACCUCGGCAAGACGCGGUAAAUACAUACAAC